UCUUGGCAAUGGUGAGCUUGUGUAUAUAUGAACAGGAGCCUUCCCUUUCUUUGUCUGUGCAGCUCAUAGCCCCUGAGCACAGAAAGCCAGCACAGAAACUCCAAACACCAUCACUGCCUAUCUAACAGAAACAUGCAUUGCACCAAGACCUUCAUCGCGGCCGCGGCCAUGUUGUUCUCCGUGGCGUGUGCCGACACCAUCACCAUCACCGCCAAGGCAGACAACACCUUUGAGCCCAACAACGUCCAGGCCGACAAGGGGGACAUGGUCGAGUUCCGCUUCGCGCGGGGCAACCACAGCGUCGUGACCGGCCUGUACGACUUUCCCUGCGCUCCUCUCGACAUGGGCUCGGGCUUCUUCUCUGGCUUCAUGGACACGAUGGACGAUCAAGCAGUGAGCCUCUUCCGCGUGAAGAUCAACAACACAGAGCCCAUUGCCUUUUACUCGUCCGUCGACGGCCAAUGUGCUGGCGGCAUGGUGGGCAUGAUCAAUGCCGAUAGCAACCACACGCUGGAUGAUUACCGCAGCAGGGCCAAGGCCGUCGCCAGCAGCAUCUCACCGAGAAAUGGCCCGUACGGCGGCGAGGUGGACGAUGUGAAGGACAGCGGUGACAGUGGCGAUGAUAGCAACGAGAACAUGGACGAUGAGGAGAACGACAACAGCAAUGGCAACGACAACAGUGAUGGCAAAGGCAACGGCAACGGCAACGCGGCUGGUGCGCUGGGUGUCCCGGCAGCGAGCGCGGUCAUGGCGUCCCUGGGAUUCGCGGCUCUGCUGCUUUGAUGAUGUGUCGAGGUGGUGAUUCAGUGCGCUCGCGAGCGUGAUACCCAUUUGUUUCUUCCGGCGCCGGGAGCUCAUCUUGCAACUUAUUCACUGAUGUCUCCUGAGAUUGAAUUAUAAUGUAGACGAUAUCUGUUGAGUAUGUUCGGUUGACAGUAUUUAGCGACAUCUUUGAUAUUGUCGGUUUUUAUUAAAUAUUCUCCAAUGGGAUUAUUU